UGGACCAACCACGCUGAGCUGGCUGUGGACGGCUUCCGGGAGAAGGCGUGGCCUGACUCGCAAGGCACUGGUUGCGUUGGGAUUGGACAACUAGAGUGUCCUUCAGCGCCUUGGACCCGCCUCUAGUCUCCGCCCCUCUUCCUGCUCCAUAGUAGACGCAUGCGUCCUAAGGAAGGUGGGCACUUCCGCCCGCUCUCUCCGGAACCCUCGGCUCCUGCUCAGGUUUCCGCCGAGACGAGGACAGUGGCUCAAGCGGAAGUAGUGCGAGGCUCGUGAGGGGGCGCGACGCAGCUAUGUCCGCGGCCCUGCUGCGGCGGGGCCUGGAGCUGCUGGCGGAGUCCGAGGCCCCCCGGGCCGCGCCAGGCCAGGCCAAGCCGAGCGGGGCUCCGGUGAAGCGGACUCAGAAGGCGAAGGCGACGCGUGCCCAGAUACUGCGAAACUCGGCCAAGGGAAAAGUGCCCAAGUCGGCUCUAGCUGAGUACCAGAAGCGAGAGUGUCGAGACCACCUCAGAGAAAACGUGAAGUUUAUGACCAGUGCGAGAAGCACGGUGGCUGAGUCCGUGACCCAGCAGAUUCUGCGCCAGAACCGAGGUCGCAAGGCCUGUGACCGGCCUGUGGCCAAGACUAAGAAGAAGAAGAAGAAGGCCGAGGGCACCGUGUUCACCGAGGAAGACUUCCAGAAGUUCCAGCUGGAAUACUUCGGCAGCUAGGCUCCCUGGAGGGCACAGUGCCAGGGCCCAGCCGCCUCUGCCCUGGCUGCGGCUGCGUGCGCGGCCCCCGCGUGCCAUGCGCCGCUCGGCCAGCAGAGGGCGGUGCGGGGCCGGCCUGGCUUGAGGAGGCCCCGGAGCUGGAGCCAGGUGGAGGCUGGAGUGGAGCUGGCGAGGGGGAAGUCCUGGGGAGGAUUUUCACUCAGACCGGAGCGGACUUGUGCGGGCUUUGGGGAAGCCAUCUGCCCCCGCCGGAAAGGAACAUUUCUGACUGUUUUGUUUGCUUUUGCCCGGGUAGGGCCUCGGGCUGUUUGCUGUGGAGCAAGGCCAGUCACUGGGCCCGCAGGAGCCACACCUCCAGAAGCAGGAAGAAGGCUUCUGAGUGGCUUUCGGGUCCUAAUAAACGUGGACCCAGGA